AUGUUCACUGGAGCCAAGCCGCUCGAGCAGAUUUUCGCGCUAUGGACCGUCUUGGCAUUGCUCGGGCAGGGCGUCCGUGGUCGCUCGAACACCUGCAAUCGCGAACGGCAGGUCCAUACCGAUCCACGGGGUUUCAUCACCGACGGAGAGGGAAACUAUCACAAUAACAGUCAUUGCGAGUGGCUGAUCCAAGCUCCUCCCGGCAAACGGUCGUUCAUCAGCUUGAAUAUCACCCAAAUUAACACCGAGUGCGCAUUCGAUCAUCUUUAUAUCUACGAUGGUGACUCGUAUACCGCUCCGAUGCUGGCUUCGCUCUCAGGACUCAACAGGAAUCCAGUUUACUUCAUCGCUCGGUCCGGCUCGAUGCUCAUCCUCUUGUAUUCAGACACCAACUACGUCCUGGAAGGCUUUGUCGCCAACUACAGCAUCGACGACUGCCCAUUGAACUGCAGUGAGCGCGGAAAGUGCCUGGACAACGCUUGUCGAUGCGAGUCCGGCUUCACCGGGGAAGCCUGCGAGCUCGAACGCUGCCCGAAAAACUGCAGCUCGUCGUUGGGCCGUGUCCACGGCAAGUGCAACGAUCACGGAUGCGUUUGUCUCCCGGGAUUUUCGGGUAGGAGCUGUAGCUUGCCUUCGGUCAGCGAAAAGCAGCACGUCGGCUGGCAUUCAUUGGCGGACGACCAGAACAGUCUUUUCAGUCCUCGGGCUGGACACUCGGUCGCCUACGUGACGUUCACGGAUCGACUGUACGCGUUCGGAGGGAAGAAUUUCAGCACCGUCUUCGGGGAUUUUCUCGUUUACGAUUUCGCAUCGUCGAAAUGGACGACGCUCCGGAGCAAAUUGAUGCCGGCGGCCCGUUGGGGUCACGCCAUGCUCCAUCAGGCCGACUCCAUCGUUCUGUUCGGAGGCGAGCUCGCCGACGGAAGCCUCAGCAACGAACUGUGGAUCUACAAUUUACAGAAGCAGGAGUGGAAUCUCGAGGAACCCGAUCCGUCGGGGGUCGAAGCCCCGAUGGUCGCUUUCCACUCGCUGACGAUGACCGAACCGAAAACGUUCAUAGUUUUCGGCGGUCGUAUGGAAGGUGGCCAAUUCUCAAACAAAUUCUACAGGGUCAGUCUGAUGACGGGAAAGCCCAGAUGGGAACUCAUCGAGCUUUCGGCCGGCAACCCAAUCCGAGUCGUGGGUCACAGCGCCACCUUCCAUGCGGCCUCACGGAGUAUUCUAGUCUAUGGAGGAAUCGUUGCCGAUAUGGCAAGAUUUUCCAAACUUAGCUCAAGCUUGUACGCGUUCAACGUGGAAAAACGCCACUGGACGCAGCUGUAUUACCCGUCGAGCGGACGCUCCCAGCCGACGAGUUCGAGAUCCCAGCAGCUUCAAAAACCUGAACACCCAUACGAGAGAGCUUUCCACAGCGCCACGAUCGCGGGGAACUACCUGGUGAUUUUCGGAGGAUACAUGCAUCGUCACAGUCUCGAAGAGAAGUGUUUCGACGAUCAAGUUUACCUCUACCAUCUGAAAUGCUACAAAUGGGUUUCAUACGACAUUUUGAUGUCAACCGGCGACGGUCUCCCGAAAUCGCAACGCGUCCCGCCCGGCGCCGGUGUCUACUCUCACGGCAUGGCGCUCCGUCGCGGCGGAACGCUGCUCAUCCUCGGUGGUUACAGCGGUUUCAUGCGAGGAGACCUUCGAGCCCUCCAGCUACCGGAGACCAUCACGCACAUCACAUCGGAAACCGCUUCCGUCUUGUGCGGCGAUUACAAUAAUUCGGAGGUCGCCUGCCGGGAGAAUCCCGCCUGUGGCUGGUGCUCUCUACUAUCGAUCUGUAUGGACAGGAAUAAGAAAGCCGACUGCGGAGGUCACUUUUCGGUCGGAAGCUGCCCGACGCUGUGUCUCGCCCUCCGAGACUGUCAGAGUUGUAUGGCAUGGGGCGAAGGUCAGGAGAUCACGAAUCAUGUCAUGGUAGACGCAGGAGGGUUCAUGCCUCGCUCAUGCGGUUGGUGUGUCUCCAGCUCGCAAUGCCAUUCCCUAAACGAUCCACCUCUUUUGUGCCGGACGCCAGAAAACAAAACCAUCGACGGCCAAUCUGAGGGCUAUUGGGGAAAUCACGGAUACGUAGUAACUAACCUGCCCGAAUGCCGUAGCCACAACUAUAAGCCGGGUCUGACGUUCGUUCAGUACAGCAACCCGGUCAAUUAUUCGCUGCCGGAUGAUUUGACCAUGAUCAACAGUUCCGUGGCUCGCAUAGUGUUCCCGGCGAGCAAGGGCGACAAAUCCGGUGGGGUCGCCCGGAUUCUAGGCUACUUGCACCCGACAGGAGUGGCGCUCGACGCUUCAUCAGGCACUCCUAAGAUAUUCAUACGCAGCGGAUUUAACUCUGAACUCAAAAUGAGUUUGGACGAUAAAGAAGCGAAUCUAGAAAUAGUCGCCGUCCACAACAACUCGAACUUCAACAUGACGGAAGCCGUUCGACCCUCGGGGAAUAAAUUGAUCCCCAUUGUCGGCAAGGGGGCUCGCUAUCUACUCAACAUGACCAUACAAUUGUACUGCGAUCGCAACCCGGUGCGCGGAAACUGCGAAAACUAUUCCGAGAUAAAAUGGUGUCAUCAACUGCGAUCUUGUCUGCAUUCGACUCCGAUUCCGAUCAAGUAUCUCGAGCCGUACAAGAACGGCUCUGAUUGUAGCCGUCGAGCGAGCUGUCUCGCCUGUCUCGUCGAUUCCGCCUGCGGAUGGUGCCACUCGAAAGGUGUCUGCGUUUCCCGGCUCUCGGACGACGACGGUGAAUGUCCAGCCGCCAAGGACGGGGAGCUGCUCGUGCUCGAGCCCGACCAGUGCUCCAAUUGUAAUUAUCACAUCUAUUGCGACACCUGUCUCACCGAUCCGAAUUGUGAAUGGAUGGCCGAAGACGUCACCUGUAAACGCCGCGGCAGGAGUCCUUCAGCCCUCCGGGACCGCUCUCAGUGUCCCACCCCGUGCCAUUUGCGUCAAGGUUGCGAUAAGUGUCUCAGCGAAGCCGGUCGCUGCGCUUGGUGCCAACAAACCCAACAGUGUUUCUUGUUCUCAACGUACAUCAGCUCGUUCAUGUACGGCGGCUGCCGUGAGUGGGCCGACGAGGACAUCCCGCCGCUGAUUAAGCGCGGCAACGUCAAGAGCGGGCCUUUGCAGUGUCCGGACUGCACGCGGCACUCGGACUGCAAGAGUUGUAUGAGUCAAUUAGGAUGCGGCUGGUGCGGUAAUGUGGACAACCCGAACAUCGGGAACUGCACCGCGGGUGAUUUUUCCGGACCGUACAACGGUAACUGUAGCGAGAUCAUUCUCUCGGAUUCGCUCUCGAUCACCGUGACGGACGAGGACGUCAACGAGCUAUUGGAUCAGACCGCCUCGUGGUCCUACGCCAAGUGUCCCAACGUCGACGAGUGCCGUCUGCAGCUGGCGAAAUGUCACCACAACGCUACGUGUCAAGACACCGAAGAUUCCUACAUUUGCGUUUGCAACAAAGGCUACAAGGGGGACGGGAGGAACGAAUGCGUGAAAACCUGCGAUGAAGAAUGCAAUCACGGAACGUGUUCCGAAGCACCCGACUACAAGUGUAUCUGCGAAAUCGGCUGGACCGGUGAGUUCUGCGACAAGGACUGCGGAUGCAAUUUUCACUCGCGUUGCAGUCAGGGAAUCGGCAGAUGCGACGACUGUCGCGACAACACGGCCGGCCCGCUUUGCAACCGAUGUGUGAAGGGCGCCUUCGGAAACGCAACUCGUCGGGAAGGCUGUUCGCUGUGCAAGUGCAACGGCCACGGCGAUCCUGAAAAUAAUUAUUGCCAUGCGGAAACAGGAAAUUGCUUUUGUAUACACAAUACGGAAUCAGAAUCCUGCCAGAGAUGCCUGCCCGGUUUCUACGGGGACCCCAGGGACAACGGUACGUGUUACAAGGACUGUACCGACCACAAGCCGUUCCUCACCGAGCUUUCGGGUGCUCUCGGCUCUCGUGAGGGCUCCUCGCUCGUACCUCAACACUGCCUAUGGAUCGUGCAGGGUCGACAGGACAGCACCAUACAGCUGACGCUGGCAACGUCGCUUAACAUAAAAUGUCCGGAAAAUUACGUUUAUAUAUACGAAGGACUCUUCAGUCCGAACUCCCCGGGCCAGCUCCUCGGUUCCUUCUGCGGUACGCAACUCAACGCGCCGUUGACCGUUGCGUCGAAGACCAAUCAACUCUCGGUGUACUAUCGUCGCUCGAAACUCCACGAAGGUUUCAACGCUACCUACAGACAGAUGUGGUGUCCAGGAGGCUGCCCCGGUCGAAACCGUGUAUGUCAAGACGGUCUUUGCGUCUGCAAACCAGGAUACCAUGGGCCUCUGUGCGACGUCAAGCUGUGUCCGAAAGCCUGUUCCGCCCAGACCGCCUCAGGAAGUUGCGAGCGGACCUAUUCGCUCUGUCGAUGCAAUGCCAACUUCGGUGGCGACGCAUGCGACGUAGAUCUCAAUUCGCAUCAAAGUGUAGUGUGGACUCUGCUCUACGAUGUGGAGCGUGUAUUUUCCGCUGAUACGCUGACAUUAGCAGAUCUUGUGGUUGAUAGCCCUCCAGACAUCCAAUUCGGUCAUUCUCUUUUGGUCAGCGAGCCUGAUGGCCAUAUUUGGCUAUUCGGUGGUGUUUCUCAAAUGGACCAGGAUCCCUACAGCAAUCGGCUGUACAUAUAUGACAAAGAUUUCUAUCAAUGGAAGAAAGUGAACGUGUCCCACGACGAGAGUAAAAUGCCCAGUCCGCGAAGACAUCAUUGCGCCACGAUGGUCGGGAAAGACAUGUACGUGUACGGAGGGAUGAACAGUCAAUUCUCCGCAGUCGGCGACUUUUGGAAAUUCGCGACCGUGCAUAGAACUUGGACUACGAUCGCGACCGGUCCCGAUGUACCCCCCUUGGUGGGCUGUACCCUGACUAAUGUCCACAACACCUUCUUGUUGAUGAUCGGUGGCUAUUCUCCAGAGAAUGGUUUCCAAGAAAAAACUCUGAUUUAUACAAUACAAGAUACGACCUUCAAAGUGUUCAAUACGACCGGAUCAUCUCCCGAGGGAAUAUACGGACACACAGCGGAGUACCAUCCUCCCACCGACUGCAUCUACGUUUUCGGGGGGAUCCUCUACGAAGCCGCCGGUGCACUCCCAUCCUCGACUUUGUUCGCGCUUCAUGUCGGCAGCCGGAUGUGGACACGUCUUCCCCCCGAUGACCGAGUGAGUCCUAACGCCAACAUCGCCCCGAGAUUUUUCCAUUCAUCAGCUCUGGUCGGCGACAUGAUGUACGUCAUGGGGGGCAGAGAUUCCGGAGGCGAAACAACGUUGGACACUCACAUCUAUAACAUUAAGUGCAACGCCUGGGUGGACCUCGAGGGUUUCUAUGUCAGAGUCAAUGGCACUCCUCCAGCCCAUUUCAGUAGUGCGAGUGCGGUGAAUCUGAAUGGUGAAGUUUACAUCUACGGGGGAUCCACUUAUCAACCGCAAGGAUCUUUCUACAAAAUUUCGGUUCCAAGCGAUCUCUGCAAUCUCUUCCGCGAACGGCUAGGAUGUCUCAAUAAUCCUGGUUGCUCUUUUUGCCCGGCUGUCAAAACGAUCGGCGGCCCGACUGGCAGACCUGAAAAGUUCUGUUUCAAAGUCGGACACGGACCGAAAUCGUGAGUGCAAGGAGCCAGAAAUUGCAGCAUCGGCUGGAUACAGAAUCGCACCUGCGAGCUCUACGAGAGCUGUGUCGAUUGUCUAGCCCGUUGGCCGGCUGAGAAAGGUGCUCUCCGACCAUCCGUUUGCCAAUGGUGUCCCGACUGCCAGAAAGGACGCUGCCUUCCGAUAGGCAGCUCCUGUCCCGGCCAAACCACACCCGAUUGUAACGAUGCACAGGAAGCUCGCAUAGUGUACGCACCGGAUCGAUGUCCGCAACGGAGCUGCGUCGCUUCGGAAUGCGAAAAAUGCCGAGAUCUGGGAAAAUGCAUGUGGACACGACAAGUUCAACGUUCGGGAGAACUCAAACACUUCGUGAGUCAAACGCCGACCUUCGAUUGGACUUGCGUUCGGAAAACAAUCAAGGACCAGGUGAAUCAUCCGGUCGAAUCGAAUCCGCCACGUUCGUGUCCACGUAGGUGCGGAUCGUACACGAACUGUACGACCUGUCUGGAAAGCACGGGAGGCGAAGGAAGCGCCCACCAGUGCUGGUGGGCGUCGUCUCUCGGCCAGUGCAUAACGCCAACGUUCGCUCCGAUUCGUUGCGAGGGCGGAAUGUGCGGACCUCUGUUGCAAGGGGAUCCUCACAUAUGCUCUCCACCCUGUCACUAUCAUUCUCAAUCGAAGCUCUGCCUCUCGGACCCACGAUGCGGAUGGUGCGCCCUGCUGGGCGCCAACGGUCAGGGACUCUGCAUGGAAGGAGGGAAAGACGGUCCGACCGGCGGCAGUUGCCAGAAUGGGACCGUUUUCCUGCAUGGACACCCGCUACCAGGGGACGUGCCGAAAUGGCUCCAAACCCACGGCAGUAACGUGGGCUGGUAUUACUUCAAACGACCGAUGGAGGACGAAUGCCAGAACGGACACCACGACUGUGAUCCCGAGAAGGAGAAAUGUGUGGAUAGAGACGAUGGCUACGAGUGCGUGUGCCAAGAAGGCUACACCGCGGGCAAGAACAACACGUGUAGUCCUGUGUGUAGUCAAGGAUGCGAGCACGGUGAAUGCGUACGUCCCGACCAGUGCAAGUGCGGUUUCGGUUUCGUGGGCAACAACUGCACGAUAGCUUGCAAGUGCAACGGUCAUUCCAAUUGUGAAGAUAUCGAUAAGCUGGACGUCUGCCUGAGCUGCCACAACAACACGCAAGGUCCACAGUGCAGUCAAUGCCUCACGGGCUACGUAGGAGAUCCGACGGAUGGAGGGAAAUGCGUGUCGUGCUACAAUUUUUGUCACAAGCAUUCGACUCAAUGCAUCGAUGAGGAGCUGAUGGCCUCCCUGGACGACGUCACAAAAGCAGACUAUGAGGAAUUGCGGAAAAUCGCCCAAAGCAAACCUGGCCCGCUCCAGACGGCUGUGUGCCUCAACUGCACGGACAACACGACCGGGAAAACCUGUGAUUUCUGCAAGGACGGAUAUUUCGUCAAGGAAGGUGACAUUGUCAACGGCUGUCGUCCGUGCGAGUGUCACGGUCACGGAGACACUUGCGACAAACUCACCGGCGAAAGCUGCAUCUGUCGGAACAACACCGAGACCGACCGGAGUUGCAGCCCGAAUUCCCGAACGAAACACGCGUCGUGUUGGAGCCUGCAAUGCGCCAAGUGCAAGGACAACUUCCAAGGAAUCCCAAUCAACGGCCACCAAUGCUACAGACACAUGCGUCUGGAGCAGGAAUAUUGCUUUGAUCCGGGAAACCAAGGCGAAUGCAAUUCUGACCAAGCCCUAACACCUCUCGUUCCUGGAAAACCUGUUUUCUUCGUGGUUCAGCCGAGAUACAUGAACGUGAACAUCCGGAUAAUGAUCGACAUCGCAUACGGUCAGGUGGACGUUCAUCUGGGCCCGAAGGAGGACAUUUUUGUCGUUUCACAACAUAAAAACGGAUCUCAUCUGAUCACUAUCGAUCCCAAAUAUGAAGUUGUCGUCGAUGACGUCCAGCCUCCGAGGAGUCCCGUGGAGCCGAAAAACCAUUCCAAAGAAUCAUCGUCAAGCGUACCGACAACCAUUUCUCGACGUCGCGAAACGUCCUCAGUGAAUUCCGUUGCGAAUCGCGAGAUUUUCGCCAAGUACCCGAGCGCUCAAGCCGAUAACACCGGUAACACCAAAACCACGCUCCAACUCAUCAAACGGGAGGGGUUAGGAUUGAUAACAUAUGUCGAAAUCAAAAAACCACAUCAUCUCAUAGUCGUCCGGAAGCUGACAAAUCGAUUAAUUUUAACAAUACCUCAGAGCGUCUACGAUCUCCGAAGUACCCGUCUGUAUCUGAUUAUCCACGGUGAACACAACGGAAGCAGCGGAAGCAUUUUCUUCCGGCAAGACCAGACCCGCAUUGACUUAUUCGUGUUCUUCUCGGUGUUUUUCUCGUGCUUCUUCUUGUUCUUGUCGAUGUGCGUCGUUCUCUGGAAAGUGAAGCAAAGCCUCGACACUCGCCGGCUUCGACGACUUCAAGCCGCGGAAAUGCAACACAUGGCUAAUCGGCCAUUCUCGAAGAUCUACUCGACCAUGUACUCGAUAGAAGAAGACUCCGAUGAUUUUGGCUUCAUCGAGCUCUCUCCGCUCACCAGCAAGUCGAAGAGAAAAAGCAAGAGCCAAGUUCAUCUCGCAAACACCCCACGAGUGACCCGAGCCUUCGAAAGUCAUUCUCCCGGGGGGACCUGUCGACCCGUAUCGGUGGAACCGACAGCAGAUGGCCAAGCUGCUGUCACAACUAUGUUGAUCUCGCUACCAGGUGGCUCUAGUGCGCCUGUUCACCUCUGUAUAGGCAGUGCCCUAACUUCGAUCCGAGGCACGAUGAGCAGUCGGUGUUGACUCGCCCAAUGUGGUAAAAGCCGACGCCUUUCUGACGCGGAUGUCCGAAAGGCGUCUGACGAGAAAUUCGCCGAAACAGAGACUAUCAUUAUCGGAGACGGGCGAGCAUCCAGACGACUGAACGACUCACAAUUAGGAUAACAUAGACGGAGAAAGCCUUGCCAUAUUGAUACGUUCCAUGGAUCUCAUUCAGUUUCGAUGGAGUGAUACUGAAGCCUCUGUAUCUCAGUGUACGGCAUGAGUACGAUGCGAGAAUAGGAGUUCGGUCCGUUUGGAGCCGUUUCUUUUUCAAUUCUGUUGAGUUUGAUGGCGAUUAAUUUGUCGGUAUUCAAAUUAUUUGAGUGAUUUUGUGAAGAAUGAAGAGAGGUCGCUUCUCCUGAUCGGAGUGAACUGAUCUCCGAAUAGGGGAGAAUCUAAUCGCCUGUGCGAGCAACUUUCGCACCCCGAGAAUGAUCCAAUCCGAUUUUGUGUCGUUGUAAAUAGGCUGUAAAAAUGUGAGAAUAAAGUAUUUU